GGUGUCGAUCUGAUCUUUCUUUUCUGACUUCUACCAACCUCAUCUUAUCAUCUUCACAAAAUGGAUAUCUCCUCAAUCCUGCAGGGAGGCUACCAACAUCCAUUGUCUCGUUCAUGGCAGGGCAAGCGCCAGCUCACCAAGUCUAUGUUAAUGUACCCCAUUUUUAUCACUGAUGACCCGGAUGCAAGCGUGGAGAUUAAGUCGCUGCCUGGUCAGCGUCGGUGGGGUGUCAACAAGCUUGAGGAAUUCCUCGGUCCCUUGGUCAAAAAGGGUCUGAAGAGUGUCAUUAUUUUCGGUGUUCCCAUAAAUUGCGUCAAAGAUGAAUUCGGCACACUGGCAGAUGACCCACAGGGACCAGUCAUCCUCGCAAUUAAAAAACUGCGCACACUUUUCCCAGACUUGUACAUCGCUGCAGAUGUAUGCCUGUGCGAGUACACGUCUCAUGGGCACUGUGGACACUUACACCCGGACGGCACAAUCAAUACCGAGCCAUCCGUUAAACGGAUUGCCGAGGUUGCAGUGAACUACGCGAAGGCUGGUGCGCACUGCGUUGCACCGAGCGACAUGAUGGACGGGCGCGUAAAAGCCAUUAAGCGCGGCUUGAUUGAUGCGGGGUUGGGCAACAAGUGUACGCUGAUGAGUUAUUCGGCAAAGUUUGCGAGUUCGCUGUACGGUCCUUUCAGGGAUGCAGCAGGCAGUGCUCCGUCGUUUGGUAACCGCAAAUGCUACCAACUCCCGCCAACUGCUAAGGGCCUCGCCAGACGCGCGAUUAAACGUGACACUGAGGAAGGUGCUGAUAUCAUCAUGGUGAAACCCGCUCUGCCAUACCUCGACAUUAUCGCAGACGCUGCAGAGCUUGCACCAGAUCACCCUCUUGCAUGUUACCAAGUGAGCGGUGAAUUCGCUAUGGUAUGCGCUGGUGCAACAGCCGGAGUGUAUGACCUUCAAACGAUGGCAUUUGAAAGUAUCGAAAGUAUGAUUCGGGCUGGCGCGACACUGAUCUUGACAUACUUCACUCCUCAAUUCUUGGAUUGGCUUGAGGCGUGAAGUUUACGAGUCGAGACUCGAGUGUAAUAAAUAAUUCUUGGUAAUGCUAAUCUUGAUAUAUUGGGGUAUUGUGUAGGUAGAGUAGAGUUAUUUAUUGUGAUGUAUCGUAAUAGAAAACCAAC